AUGGCUGACAACAACAUCCCAAGUGCUGAUCCCUUCCUCUUGCAACACCUGAUCGACGAGUCCACCCGUGACGGGGCGAAUCGUCGUCGACAGGUGGGAAAUCGGCAUACCCCCACCAGGCAAAGAAGGCCCGGGCAUGAAGCCUCACCACCCAGGAGGCAGCAGAUCCAUAGCAUCCAGCAGCUGCAGGGCCUCCAACAGGUUCAGAACAUUGACCAAGUCCCUCCCGAAGGACACGUUCAGAACGGGGAGGACGGGCAGCACCGAACUCACAAUGGGCCAGAACAUGCCCAGAAUGUGAAUGAGGCCGACACCAGAGACGGGCAGCCUGCUUCCUCAUUCACCCACACCUCCGAAAGGCGGAGAGCCCGUCACGGAGAAGAAGAGGAGCCGCUCAACAUUCCCGAGGACGCUGACCCCAUCACCGUCCGUCUGCUCAAAGAAAUACAACUAACAAACAGUCUCCUCCGAAUUCAGGACGACCGAAUUCACGAGCUGGAAAGACAGCGACGACGUCGCUCCCCUCCGAGGAAGCACUACAGGUCACGCUCUUAUUCCUCCUCGCGCUCACCGCCAAGGAGGUACCGUCGGCGUUCCCCAUCCUCUUCAAGGUCUCCACCAAGAAGAUAUCGCCGUCGGAGGACACGUUCCCGCUCUCCGCCAAGAAAGAGCAAGAAGAACCAGAGGCCAGAAGCCGCUGAAGCGAGAAGCUCCUCCCCCGAACAGGAUCAUCGGGGCCCUUCCAAAGCUGCAACGAAACCUGGCGAACGUCCCCCUCGGGACAACCAAUAUACCCCCGGGAUGUCCAAGGAUAACCAACAGCCCUCAAUUAUUCUAAAUAUUGAGGCAGCUCUUUGGUAUGCUCGACUGCGGCAUAUUGCUAUCGAAACAACCAAGUGUUGGAGCAAGUCCCCGGAGAACUUGAGCACAACCGAAAGCCAUAAAAUAUUCUAA